AUGUCCCAAAUCCACGCCAUGUCCGACGACCAAGUCAACACCGAACUCCGCAAAAUGACCGCCUUCAUCCGGCAAGAAGCCCUGGAGAAAGCGCGCGAAAUCCACCUCAAAGCGGACGAGGAAUUCAGCAUCGAGAAGUCCAAACUCGUGCGCUCCGAGACCCAACGUAUAGACGAGGAAUACAAGAAGAAGAACACCCAAGCCGGCAUGUCGCAGCAAAUCACCAAAUCCACCUUGGCCAAUAAGAUCCGUCUGCGUGUUCUGUCCGCCAAGCAGGAAUUACUAGACCAGCUAUUCGAGGAUGCGCAGAAGCAGUUGGUGGAGAAGGGGAGUAAAGGGAAGGGCGAGUAUGAGGGGGUGUUGAAGGGGUUGAUUUUGGAGGGGUUGUAUGCGCUGAAUGAGAAGAAGGUGACGUUGAGGUGUCGGAAGAAGGACGAGGAGGUCGUCAAGGGGGCGGCGGAGAAGGCGGGGAAGGAGUAUAAGGAGAAGAUGAAGGGGAAGGCGUGUGAGGUUGUGGUGGAUUCGAAGGAGAGGUUGCCGGAGGGGUCGGCCGGCGGUGUAAUUAUCCUCAACAGCACAGGCAAGAUCGACAUCAACAAUACUUAUGACGAGCGACUCAACCUCUUAUCCACCGAUGCUCUACCUAGCGUCCGAACGACGCUUUUCGGCGAGAACCAAAACAGGAAGUUCAAGGACUAG